AUGCAAAAAGAUAGACCUGAAAUUGGUAUUAGUGAAACUAAAAUAGGAAAAAGGUUGAAUGAAGAGAUUUCUCUUAUUCGAGCUGGAAAUACUAGAUGGGGUUCACAUUUUAGAAGAAUUGUAAGUUUGGUGAACUUGUUUGCAAAAGUUCUUGCGGUACUUAAAUAUGUCAAAGAGGAGGGAUACCUUGUCAAAGCAUCUUCAAAAAAAGAUCAAAAAUAUUUUGGAAGCGGCUUCCUUAGUAAAAAGGACAAAAAAGGAUUGCUACUUUUUAGAAACGACGGGUUUCCAUUAAUUUGGAAGAAGGUAUGUGCUUUUUGUGAAAAUGAUAGUAUUGGAAUUGUGGAAUUUGGGGAUAGAUUUAGUAAACUUGGCACGGAGUUGAUGGAUAACAUGGCGGCUUUGAGUCCUUGUGACUCAUUUUCUAGUUUUGGUAAAGCAAAAUUGUUAAAGCUAAUCGAGAUAUACAAAAACGACUUUGUCGAUUCAAAAAGGCACAACUUAAUGGGCAACAUGAUAUCUAGAAUUACAGACCUCUCUUGUUUGUUGGUGGAAACCGGGAAGCACAUCUCUUUUCAUUUGGUUUAUAAAUUAACAAAACUAACUUUCUUUUUGCCUGUCUCAACCACAAUCGUUGAACAAUGUUUUUCUGCAAUAAAGUUCUUGAAGACUGAUUUGCGUAAUAGAACAGGUGACGAUUUUAUGAAUGGUGCCUUGAUUUGUAGUGUUGAAAAAGAAGCACUAGAAAAUAUUAAGACUAAAAAUGUGAAGAAGGUGGACAUGCUUUAUGGAGUGACUGUGGUCAGAUAUAAUAACGUUAAGGAUGAAUUGAUUCUAGAUGGAAUUGACAAUGAGCUUAAAUGUGUUAUGAAGAACAAGGAUACCCAAAAUUUUCUUGAUGGUAACUAUGUGAGUAACAAGGGAAAGAUAGAGUUCUGUUACAAUUGA